CUGAUAGUAAGAGCCAGCGACCGCAGGUUCAGCAGCGAUCCGCCUGCAUGUAAAGAGCUGGAGUUAAAUCAGAUCUGAUAGAGCUGCACCGGGACUUGAGCGUCUAAAAAAAAGACAAAAGCAAAAAAUACUGGAAAAUGUUUGGCCACCUACAAUGAGUGCAGAAGGCAGAGAGACCCUCAUAUGACACCCACGAAGCCAAUUUUGACGAGCAAUUGUGAGACGACUUUGGAUUCCUAAAAAAGGGAACAAUUAAGAAAAAAAAAGAAGAAAGUGGAUCCCACUCAGUAAGAAAGAUGAGAAAUACUUGGUGGACGGUCCGGAGUGCGAGUUUGGAAUACUGGACCACGGUCAUGGUGUGCCUGUUUUGGAUUCAGUGCUCAUGUGGGAUGCCUCAUGUCAUACGAAUAGGAGGCAUUUUUGAACAGACGGAGGGGCCGGUCCCACUCGUCAGUGCAGAAGAGCUGGCUUUUAAAUUUGCUGUUAAUAACAUCAACAGAAACAGGACAUUAUUGCCAAACACAACAUUAACAUAUGACAUCCAGAGGAUUAAUAUCUAUGACAGCUUUGAGGCCUCAAGGAAAGCUUGCGACCAGCUGUCUUUAGGUGUAGUGGCCAUAUUUGGGCCAUCUCAUAGCUCCUCGUCAAAUGCAGUGCAGUCGAUCUGCAAUGCGCUGGAGGUGCCACACAUCCAGGUGCGGUGGAAACAUCACCCCAUGGACAACAGAGACACAUUUUAUGCCAAUUUGUACCCAGACUACUCCUCUCUCAGCUACGCAAUCCUGGACCUGGUACAGUUCCUCAAGUGGAAAACAGCCACUGUGGUGUAUGAUGACAGCACUGGUCUGAUCAGACUGCAGGAGCUGAUCAUGGCCCCAUCCAGAUACAACAUCAGGCUGAAGAUCCGCCAGCUCCCUCUGGACAGCACUGAUACCCGUCCACUGCUGAAGGAGAUGAAGAGGAGCCGAGAGUUCCGCAUCAUCUUUGACUGCAGCCACAUCAUGGCAGCCCAGAUACUCAAACAAGCCCAGAUGAUGGGAAUGAUGACAGAGUACUACCACUACAUCUUCACUACUCUGGACCUCAUGGCUAUCAAUCUAGAGCCAUAUCGUUUCUGUGGCGUUAAUUUGACCGGCUUCCGCAUCUUGAAUGUGGACAAUCCUCAGGUGGCCUCCAUCGUGGAGAAAUGGUCCACAGAGAAGCAGAUCCCUCCAAAACCAGACUCUGGUCUGCUGGAGGGAAUCAUGACGACAGAUGCUGCUCUGACGUAUGACGCGGUCCACAUCGUGUCCGUCUCCUACCAGCACGCGCCGCAGAUGACAGUCAACUCGCUGCAGUGCCACCGCCACAAGCCCUGGAGGUUCGGCGGGCGCUUCAUGAGUUUCAUUAAGGAGUCACACUGGGAUGGCCUAACUGGACGACUGUCCUUCAACAGGACCACAGGUUUGCGGACAGACUUUGACCUUGACAUAGUCAACCUGAAGGAAGAUGGCCUGGAAAAGGUGGGGAAGUGGAGUGCUUCAGGAGGGCUGAACAUCACUGAGGUCCCCAAGCGAAACGGCAUGAACAUCACCGACUCCCUCUCCAACCGCUCGCUCGUCAUCACCACCAUACUGGAGGAGCCAUAUGUCAUGCUUAAGAAGUCUGACAAGGCGCUUGUUGGUAACGACCGCUUUGAGGGCUUCUGCAUUGACCUGCUGAAGGAGCUGGCCAGCAUUCUGGGCUUUGCCUACGAGAUCCGCCUUGUGCCUGACGGCAAAUACGGCUUCCAGGAUGACAAGGGCCAGUGGAAUGGAAUUAUAAGGGAGCUUAUGGAGCAUAGAGCUGAUCUGGCUGUAGCUCCCCUGACCAUCACCUUUGUACGGGAGAAAGUGAUUGACUUCUCCAAGCCCUUCAUGAACACGGGGAUCAGCAUCCUGUACCGCCGGCCCAACAGCACCAACAGCGGCUUCUUCUCCUUCCUCAACCCCAUGACCCCUGACAUCUGGGUCUACAUCCUGCUGGCUUACCUAGGCGUGAGCUGUGUCCUUUUUGUUAUCGCCAGAUUCAGCCCAUAUGAGUGGUACGACGCCCACCCGUGUAACCCAAGCUCCGAUGUGGUGGAGAACAACUUCACGCUCCUCAACAGCUUUUGGUUCGGUGUGGGCUCCCUCAUGCAGCAAGGUUCUGAGCUGAUGCCCAAAGCUCUCUCCACACGGAUCAUAGGAGGAAUCUGGUGGUUCUUCACCUUGAUCAUCAUCUCCUCCUACACAGCCAACCUGGCCGCCUUCCUCACUGUGGAGAGGAUGGACUCACCCGUCGACUCGGCCGACGACCUGGCCAAGCAGACCAAGAUCGAGUACGGCGUGGUAAAAGAUGGAGCUACUAUGUCAUUCUUCAAGAAAUCCAGGGUAUCAACAUUUGAGAAGAUGUGGGCCUUCAUGAGCAGCAAACAGAGUACAUCGCUCGUCAAGUCAAUUGAAGAUGGUAUCCAAAGGGUCCUGAAGUCUGACUAUGCCUUGCUUAUGGAGUCUACUACCAUUGAAUAUGUGACUCGCAGGAACUGUAACCUAACCCAAGUUGGAGGCAUUAUUGACAGCAAGGGCUACGGCAUUGGCACCCCCAAAGGCUCUCCAUACAGGGACAAAGUGACCAUAGCCAUCUUGAGCUUGCUGGAGGAUGGGCGGCUGCACGUGCUGAAAGAGAAGUGGUGGAGCGGAAGCAGCUGUCAGGAAGACGAGCGUUACGAAGCAGGCCCAAUGGGCAUCCAGAACCUGGGUGGCAUCUUCAUCGUGCUGGCUUCAGGCCUGGUGCUCUCCGUCUUUGUGGCUAUAGGGGAGUUCAUCUACAAGCUUCGGAAGACAGCAGAGCGUGAACAGGUCUUUCUGCAGUGCGGUGGUGGAAGAGAUCAGACUGUCGUUCACGUGCGAGAGAAGGGUGAAGCACAGGCGCCACCACCAGCCGCCGGCCAUGGUGAAGACGGACGCCGUGAUCAACAUGCACACCUUCAACGACCGUCGCCUGCCGGGAAAGGACAACAUGAGCUGCAACACCGCGAUGACGCCCGUGUUUCCAUGACCUGCCUGGGGGACGGUCACCUGAGGCACGUUCCCGGCGCCGCACCCGACAGCAGGGACUAUGGCUCCGAGAUGAUCACGGCAUUCACCAUCAACCGCAGAGACAUUCGCAACCAAACGGCAAACCAGAACGGCGGCAGUAGCAGCAACCCAGGUAACGACCACAUCCUCAAGCCAAUGUACCCCACCAUGCCACUGAGGGAGGGAGGCCGCUCUGUGUCCUUCCUGUGAGAGAGAGCCAGCCACAAGGCCAGUGCUGUCCGGCCCUGCGUCUGAUGUUUAUGUAUGAAACACAAACACAUGUUCACCAUCUGUUCUCUGGAAAUCGAAGGAGUAUUCCUCUCCUCCAUCCCCCCACCCCGCCCUCGCCCACGCC